AUGCAAUAAUAAUAAAUAAUACCUGUUAAUGAACUUUUCACUCAUAAUUCAGACAACUCAGUUAAGCCUAUUAUUGGAAAUAAAGAAAUUGAAAAACAAGGCGAAUAAUUUUAUAAUAAAGAACAUUUGCCUUUUUAAGCUUUCAAUUUAGAAGAAGUUUGUCAAGGAAUUGAUAGUUAAUUAAUAGAAAAUCAUUUUGAAAAUAUUUUUAAUGCACUUUUAAAUUCAUCAAAUGAUAAAUAUAAUAUUUUGUGCUAUUUCGAAUGUAUUACCUAAAAUUCUAAUGUUGCUAAUAGAUUAAUUAAUUCUGCUUUUAUGAAUUUAUUACUUAAAUUGCUUAAAGUUGUUAAAUAAUAAUAAACUAAAGUUAAAAUUGGGAGCAUACUAGGUUAUUUAAUUAGACACGCCACAGUUAUUGAAAAUGAAUUGAGCUAAUAAGGUAUCCCUUAAAUUUUGAUUGAUGUUUUAAAAAAUGAAAAAAACGAAAAAGUUAAACGAAAAUGCAUAGCAGCUCUUGGAGAGUAUUUAUUUUAUGGUGCAACCUAAAUAGAUGAAGAUCCAUCAAAUAGUGUAUGGUAAAUACAGCCUUUUGUAGUUCAAUUCAUGGUAAAGCUCUUACGAACAGAAAAUGAAGACGAAUACGUAAAAUAUUAUACUAUUAAAACAAUCGAAAAUAUAACUGCUUAAAGUGUAGAAACAGGACAAUAAUUUUCAAACAGUGAUACCUGUUUAGCUAUAAUAUCUUUAUAUUUAACAUCUAAUAUUGAUGGUUUGAGAAUAAGUUCAAUGGUAUCCCUUUAGCACAUGGCGAUGUUAAAUAACUCCCUUAGUGAUGUGAUUUUAGUAAAUUUAGGAGGAUAAAAAAACCCUCCCUAUGGUUAUUUAAAAGAAGUAUUAUUAAAUGGCUAGAAUAGAGUUUAAUAAGCAUUAUUAACUAUAAUUAAUUUACAAAUACUUAUUAGCGAAAGUGAAUUAACUUAGUUUUUGUUAAAUGAUUUGGAGUUUAUAGAAAAUAUAAUUCAUUUAUUUGAUAAUCCUAGUUUAGUUGUAAGAGGAAAAGCCAUUUUAAGUAUUUUCUUGAUAAUUAAAAUUAAUUAAAAAGCAUUGAUUUUACUUGCUUAAACUAAAUUCUUUCAUUAUUUUGAAAAAAUAAGUAGAGAUAAUUAAAAAUAUGUUCAAUAAUGUUUCUGUAAUUUAAAAUAAUUGCUUGAAGAAAUGAUUACCUAUAUUCUUAAAAUUAUUUUUGAUGAACUUUGUAGAAUAUAAAGAGGAGAAUUAGCAGAUAACUCAUCUACAUAUUAUUAAUAAGGCAACCUUUAUUUAAACUAAUUUGUCCCAAUUUUAAAUGGAAAUUUAUAAUAUUUAUCUGUAUUAUUAUAAUAUGCAAAUUGUAGUUAAUUAAGUACUAGUUUAUUCCAAUAAAGUUAUUUAGAAUUAAUAUUUGAUUUAUUGAAUAUAGGUAAAGAUGCAAGUUAAGAAGUAAAAUCUGUAUUAGUAAAUUUAUACGAAGUCUUAUUGGGAAACAAACAACUUCUUAACUACAGUAUAUAUUUUGCUGAAGUAGUAGUUCCUAAAUUAGUAGAUUAACUAAAAUAAUAAAACGACUAAAACAUGAAAUUUAAUUAUUUAAAAUUAAUUGUGGACAUUUUAAGUUUAUUAUUUUCAGAAGAAAAUUCUCAACACUUUACAAGGCUCUCAAACUUUUUCUUAAAAAACUUUGUAAGUACUUAAUUAGGUUAACUUCUUGAUUCUGAAGAAUAGCAAGUAUAAAUUAUGGCUUUAAAACUUUUAAAUUUAUUCGUAGAAAAAGAAAAAUGUUCAAAAAGUUAUAUCCAAGCCUUAAAAUCAAAUAAGUUAAUAAAUAAAAUUAUCGAAUAAUUCACUUCGAAUAGAACUGCUUUAAAGUUACUUACAUAUAUAAUAUAAUAUUCUACUUUAUAAGAAAUUAAUAGCUAUAAUGUGACAAAAAUAGCUGUGGAACUUUUCAAACAUUAUAUAUUGAAACAAUAGGAUUAAUGUUAUGAAGAUUUAGUAGAUAUUUUUUUGAAUAUAACAACUAAAUUAAUAAGCAGCCAGUAGUUUAAUUUAGAAAAACCAUCAUUUAAUAACGAAUAAAUAGAAAAUCAUGAUUAUCUUUUAAUUGCUUAUGAUUGUAGUUUUGGCUUGUUAAAUAAUAUCGAUUUUAGUUUAAGCGAAAAAGUAGGAAUGUUUAUUAUUUAAAUUAUUUUCCUAUUUGGAAAAAAUAAAAAAAUAUUAAAAAACGAAUAUGUAUUGAAUAUUUUAAAUACUAUUAAUUAAUUCUCUAUGGUAAAUACAAUGAUGAGAAGAAAUAUUAGAGUAUUAAAUUGGAUUGUCUAAGUUUUGGAUUUGAAUAAAGAUUUAAAAGAAAAUAUUUAUUAUUGUUUAGAAAAACUUAAAAAGCCAGAUGAUUAAAAAGUUGUUGCGACUAUAAGUGAAAUUAAGUAUUUUUUAUUAAAAAAUUGAUUAAAAAAAUA